AUGGAGCCUCAACCCAACUAUGGCCACUAUGAUGCCAACUACCGUGACAUGGGACUUGGCCCUUACAGGGAAGAACCGGAUGAUGUUUCGCGUACCUUGUCCCGAUUGACUCUAGCGGAAAGAGAUGAGUUCGCGCGCCCCUAUCCUGUGCUUGGAGCCGCAGCUGCAGGAGGCGACGGCUACGCUGGCGCUCAAAUUUACGGCAUCCAGAACAACGACUGCCAAGGUGGUUACUUCCAGGAGCCCAGGCAACCACAGGAGGCGGCGGGCCUCCUAGCUGAGCCCCGGCCACAGAACGGGGAGAGGGAGCACCGCCGCUACCGCACCUCCUACACCGCGGAGCAGCUUCGGAAGCUGGAGAAAGUUUUCGAAAGCACUCCGUACCCCGACGUGCAUGCGAGCGGGAGAAUGGCGAUUGCAAAACACCUGGAUAUAAAUGAAACCAAAGUGCAGGUUUGGUUUCAGAAUAGAAGGGCCAAGUGGAGGAGACAUCAGAGAGCACUGACGCUCCAACACAGCAUGGCCCUGCACCCCCUGUCUAUGGGGGUCACCUUUGAUAGACCCUAUAUGGAGCCUACUUGGAGAGCUGUUCCUCUUGUUCCACAGCCACCCAGGCUGCCUAUGCCAUCUGGACCACUUGAGCCUCCUAUGCCAUUCAGGCCUCCUGUGCCAUUAAUGCUUCCUAUACCAUUUAGGCCUCCUAUAUCUCUAGGGCCGCCUGUGCUACAUGAGAUUCCUAUGCAAGCCAUGCAGGCUGCUCCUCCUUUGGGGCUGGCCCCUGUAGACAUGGGAUGGGCCCCUGUCUCCAACAGUCACUCCCCAGGUUCUAUUUUCUAA